AUGAACGCUCUCGCCCCCCGAACGAUGGCCUCCUCCCGCCACGCCGUACGAGCAUCUGCGUCGGCCGCUGUCCGUCAGUUCCACUCGACGCCUUCUCGCUUGGUCGUCCACCACGCCCCAAAUGAGAAGACCUUUAAGAACCACCUCGCACAGAACGACAAGGUCAUUGUGGACUGUUUCGCCGAUUGGUGCGGCCCUUGCAAGGCCAUCUCCCCGAUCCUGGAAAAGCUUUCCGAGACGGAUGAGUUCAAGCAGAUCCACUUUGUCAAGUUUGACGUUGACGAGCUCCCAGCGCUGAGCCAGGAGCUGGGCGUCCGGGCGAUGCCGACCUUCUUCUUCUUUAAGGAUGGGAAGAAGGUGGAUGAGAUGGUUGGCGCCAAUCCUGGUGGGCUGCAGACUAAGCUGAAGCUGCUUUCUCAGAGCGCUGGCGUCUCGGGCCUCACUUCAGCCUUGUUGCUCUCGAAGAGUAUCGAGGGAUGUGACCUGACUAUCGUGGCUAAGCAUAUGCCCGGUGACUACGAUAUUGAGUAUGCGUCACCAUGGGCAGGUGCCAACUUUGAGCCUCGUGUCUACAGACGAAACAAGGACAUGAAGGUUAAGGGCCAACUGGGCCUCUUCGCCCUCGACCCCUGGUUCAAGGACUUGUUCGACGACUACCGGGAGCUCGACAAGGACGAGCUCCUCCCCGGCACCGACUCGGGCUGCGGAUUCACCAGCGUCUGCAUCAACACGGCCAUCUACCUCCCCUGGCUCCUUGGACAGUGCCGCAAGGCCGGCGUCGUCUUCAAGCGCGGGGUCCUCGGGAACAUCAGGGAGGCCAAGGCCCUGAGCCACACGGGACGCCCGGCGGACAUCAUCAUCAACACGACGGGCCUGGGCGCGCGCAAGCUCGGCGGCGUCGAGGACGCGGCGCUGGCACCGAUCAGGGCGCAGAUUGUGCUUGUGCGCAACGAGCUGCCGACCAUGCUGUCUGUCUCUGGGACGGAGGAUGAGCCUGCUGAUUUGAUCUACACCAUGCAGAGGGCCGCGGGCGGGGGCACGAUCCUCGGCGGGACCUACGAUAUGAACAAUUGGGAGUCUGCACCGGAUCCGAACAUUGCCCUCCGGAUCAUGAGGCGGGUUGUCGAGGCGCGGCCUGAUAUCGCCAACGGGAAGGGUGUUGCGGGUCUGGAUGUCAUUCGGCACGGGGUUGGGCUGCGGCCAUACCGCCACGGGGGUGUUAGGAUUGAGGACGAGAAGCUGGACGAGAGCACGUGGAUUGUUCACAACUACGGGCAUGCUGGAUGGGGAUAUCAGGGGUCCUAUGGGUGUGCAGAGCGGGUGGUAGAGCUGGUGGACAAGAUCCGGGCUCAGGUGAAGAGCAAGCUUUCCGUCGCGUGGCGCCUCGACUCGGAAUUCUUCCCCCCAAACCUGCAAGACCCCACCACAACGUCAAGCUCGGAGCGUCAGAGGAGAGCUCCAAUGGCUUCCUCUCGAGCCCAAGGCCUUCCCGGGCCCGUUCGAUUCAUUCUCGAUGUCGCCACUCGCCGAAACCAGUAUGCCAAAUUCAUCCCUCCGCUGCUCUGGCUUGGUGAUGCGCUGCUCACCUGCCUCGUCAUCUGGAAGGUCCCUUAUACCGAGAUCGACUGGGUCGCGUACAUGGAGCAGGUGUCGCAGUAUGUCAAUGGCGAACGAGACUACACGAAGAUGGAGGGAGGCACGGGGCCCCUUGUCUACCCAGCAGCACACCUCUACACAUACACCGGUCUUUACUACCUGACGGGCGAGGGGAAGAAUAUUCUCCUUGCCCAGCAGCUUUUCGCUGUGCUGUACAUGGCCACCCUGGCGGUGGUGAUGCUAUGUUACUGGCAAGCCAAGGUCCCGCCGUACGUCUUCCCGCUCCUGAUCCUAUCCAAACGACUGCACAGCGUCUUCGUCCUCCGUUGCUUCAACGAUUGCUUCGCUGUCUUCUUCCUCUUUCUCGCCAUAUUCCUCUUCCAGCGCAGGUCGUGGACUUUCGGAGCGAUUGUGUUUUCGUGGGGGCUGGGUAUAAAGAUGUCGCUUCUCCUCACACUACCUGCUGUGGUCAUCCUCCUGUUCCUAGGACGAGGGUUCUGGCCCUGCUUGCGGGUGCUUUGGCUGAUGGCACAGGUCCAAUUGGCAAUCGCGAUUCCUUUCCUCUCCACGAACGCCAAGGGCUAUUUGGGACGAGCGUUCGAGCUGUCUCGCCAGUUCAAGUUCGAGUGGACCGUCAAUUGGCGUAUGAUGGGUGAAGAAGUCUUCCUCAGCCGGCCGUUUGCGCUUGCUCUCUUGGGGUGCCAUGUCGUGUUCCUCCUAAUCUUCAUCAUCGUCAAGUGGCUGCAGCCAGCCGACCGCCCGCUUCUGGACAUGAUUUUGUCUGUUAUACAGCUCAAGCCCCCAUUCACGCCGCCAGAGGAGCGACGUGUAUCGCUCAAGGUCACCCCGGAGUUUGUCAUGACCACAAUGCUGUCCGCCAACGUAAUUGGCUUGUUAUUCGCCCGAUCCCUGCACUACCAGUUCUAUGCCUAUCUGGCUUGGUCCACGCCCUACCUCAUUUGGCGGUUUCGGUCAAAUCUCUUGCUCGUGUAUGGCGUCUGGCUGGCCCAGGAGUGGGCAUGGAACGUCUUCCCAAGCACCCCCAUCAGCUCGGCAGUUGUUGUCAACGUCUUGGGUCUCACUGUCCUCGCAGCUUACUUUAGCUCGUCAGAGGACGAGAGAGCUGCCCGGGCACAGGCCUCAUCUUCUGAGCCAAAGAAGACAAAAUAA